GUUAAGAAGACAAGAUCAAUGGAAAAAAUGACCGAGUUUUCUGAUGAAAAUAAGAGCAGCAAAAAUGAAAUUCAGGCCCAAGCAUCUUCUUUAACCAGUUCACAUAAGUGUUCUUCCUUUGAUUUGAAUGAAGAGGCAAUUAUCGAUGAGAAUGAUAUCACCACUAGCACUGUACCACACAAUGAUUUUGCUAGUUCAAGCCAUAACAAUACUUCUAAUACAGAAGCAAAAGAACGAACUGCUAUGGUAAGACAGUAUGUUCGAUCAAAAAUGCCUAGACUCCGUUGGACACCUGAUCUCCAUCUAGCUUUUGUGCAUGCUGUUGAAAGGCUCGGUGGGCAAGAAAGAGCAACGCCCAAAUUAGUUCUUCAGCUAAUGAACGUAAAAGGACUGAGCAUUGCUCAUGUAAAGAGUCACUUGCAGAUGUAUCGAAGUAAGAAGUUGGAUAAGACUGGCCUAGUUUUAUCUCAAAAUAACAGAACGACGCAAGGAGGACAUCACAUUCUGGAAUUAUGUCAUAGAUUUGAUGCUGAUGGGCAUUAUAGAAUCGACAAAAGAAGCAUCAUGUCGUCGACCAACUCUUCAAGAUAUCAACUGUGGGCUCUAAAUGAUCAUUGCUCUAGAUCUUCACGGUGGAUCAGCGAGGAUUUAAGUGUAGACAAGAGCCAGGUCUAUCCAGCUAUCUUAAGUGGAAACAAGUUGGCAGGUUCGCAUCCACAUGACGAAAAGGAAGCAGAAACAAGGAAUAUUAAAGGACCAAUCAGACCCAGCAGACUUCUAGAAGACAAAAGAUGGCUUCCUCGUGAAACAUUCGUGAAUCAAGAGACGAGUAGAUUCAUUAGCUCUUGGGAAGAUAACACAGCUGAUUGGGUGGCCAAAUCCAUCAAUUUCCACAGCCCAUUUCAACAGAAUACAUGCAGCUCCAUGUUCACAUUCACUAGUUACGACUCCAAGUUGAAGACUUCCCAUCCUGUUGAGGGCUCCUUGAAUAUGCAAGCUCAACAGUUACAAAAAGAAGGGGGGCAAUGCAAAAAUGAAGUCUUAAUGUGUGCAAAAGAGAGAGCCGAGAAUGAGAAGUUGAAAGAGAUAUGUUCAACCGAGUUACAGUUGGGUUUAUGCCGCAAAAUAGGUGAUGGGGAAACUCAGAUGAAUAAUCGUCACCACCAAAGCUCAAGAGAAAUCAACACAAUACUUUCUCUUUCUGUGUCAUCCCCUUGGUCGAGUCAACAAACUUUAAAUGGUCUAAACCGUGAGGAUUUUGCCCAAAUUUAG